CAUGAACUCGCAUCCUCUCUUCAUCCUCCACCCGCCUGUCCCCCCAGAGUGCUCGAGGCCAUCUGCCAGUCGAAGAGCGAGCACCCGGAGCAGCGUGAACGGCCAUGUUGGAACUCCAUGGAUCGUCGUAUCUCUCCGACACGAGACUUAAGCUCCUGCUGAAGAGCAUCCAGCAGCGCUGCCCGAAAGUUACUCUCGUAGAUGCCGUCUAUGUCCAUCUCGUCGAGGAACAGGGCGAGGACUUACAAUCCACCGACGCAAAGGAACGAGCGACUCUCGAGCGACUUCUGGACUAUGGCGACUACAUCUCGCUGGCUGGAACUGCGGACGCCCUGCGUGAUCAGCAGAACGUAGUGUACGUUCUACCCCGACCAGGUUCUAUCUCGCCUUGGUCAAGCAAGGCCACGGAUAUUGCUGCUCUCUGUGGUCUUAGGGAACACGUCAAACGUCUUGAAAGAGGGAUCGUGUUCGUCUUCCAAGUAUCGGAGGGGGUCAUUACGCCCGAGGACCUCUCCCUCUUCGGCGACCUACUUCACGAUCGCAUGACUCAAGUCGUACAACUGAGCCGACCUCACCCGGAGCUACUCUUUGCGCAUAGGCCCGCAGCUCCCCUUGUGACGGUCGACCUGGUGUCUAACAGCGAGGACAAGCAGCACGCGCGCGACAAGCUGCUUGCGGCCAACAAGGAGCUCGGGCUGGCAUUAUCUUCCGACGAGAUUGACUACCUCGUCGAGGCCUUCGUUUCCGGACCGACCCCCAUCAACCGUAACCCAACGGAUGCAGAGCUCUUCAUGUUCGCUCAAGUCAAUUCAGAGCACUGCAGGCAUAAGAUCUUCAACGCAUCGUGGACACUCGACGGCCAGCCUCAGGACACUUCGCUCUUCCAGAUGAUCAGGAAUACCGAGAAGCUCUCAGGAAAGGGUACUAUCUCCGCUUACUCUGACAACGCGGCGGUCUUCGAAGGUUACCGUGCCCCUCGGUUCGGCAUGUCAUUCGCGUCGCCGGGCUCGCCAACAUACGAGGCGCAUCUAGAGGACAUGCACAUCCUAAUCAAGGUCGAGACGCACAACCAUCCCACAGCCGUCUCGCCCUACCCUGGCGCCGCCACCGGUUCUGGUGGUGAAAUCCGUGACGAAGGCGCCGUUGGCCGUGGGUCGAAGCCCAAGGCCGGCCUCGCAGGUUUCACCGUCUCCAACCUGCUCAUCCCGGGAUACGAGCAGCCUUGGGAGACAGACUUCGGGCGCCCCGCGCACAUCGCCUCCGCUCUGGACAUCAUGAUCGAGGGACCCCUCGGCGCGAGCGCAUUCAACAACGAGUUCGGGCGCCCCGCGCUCGCGGGGUACUUCCGCACGUUCGCUGAGCGAGUCCCCUCUGGGAAGGAGGGCGAGACGGAGGUGCGAGGAUACCACAAGCCGAUCAUGAUCGCGGGUGGCCUGGGGAACGUCCGACCUUCGUUUGCCAUGAAGUCGAAGAUCUCCCCUGGUGCAAAGAUCAUCGUCCUCGGCGGACCCGGUCUGCUCAUCGGACUCGGGGGAGGAGCUGCGAGUAGCCAGGUAUCGGGCGCUGGCUCGGCAGAGCUGGACUUCGCGAGUGUGCAGAGGGACAACGCGGAGAUGCAGAGACGGUGCCAGCAGGUCAUCGAUGCAUGCACUAACCUGGCCGACGGCAACCCCAUCCAGUCCAUCCACGACGUCGGCGCGGGCGGUCUCUCCAACGCCCUCCCGGAGCUGGUGCACGACUCCGACCUGGGAGCCACCUUCGAGAUCCGGGACGUCCUCGUCGCGGACACGAGCAUGUCCCCGAUGGAGAUCUGGUGCAACGAGUCGCAGGAGCGCUACGUCCUUGCCAUCUCGCCUGAGAAGGAGGGCGAGUUCCGCGCGCUGGCGGAUCGCGAGCGGUGCCCGUUCUCGAUCGUCGGCGUCGCGACCGCGGAGGAGGAACUCGUCGUGACUGACAGGCUGUUCAAAACGGACGUCAUCCGACUGAAGAUGUUCACUCUCUUUGGCAAGCCGCCGCGCAUGCACCGCACGGAUAACAGGAAGACCGUCCAGCAUAUAUCGUUCGACACCACGCUCUCCCGCUAUCUCCCGUCGGCGUCCUCGCUCCAGGACCGGAUAGACAACGCCGUGAAUCGCGUACUCAGGUUGCCCUCCGUCGGCUCGAAAUCCUUCCUCAUCACCAUCGGCGAUCGCAGCAUCACUGGGCUCGUCGCUCGCGACCAGAUGGUCGGGCCCUGGCAAGUCCCCGUGGCCGACGUCGCUGUCACUCAAACCACGUACGGCUUUGACGUGCCUUACGGAGAGGCUAUGGCCAUGGGCGAGCGGACACCAGUCGCGCUGCUGAGCGCCGCCGCGUCCGCGCGUAUGGCCGUCGCCGAGUCCCUCACAAACCUUGCAGCUGCGCGCAUCGGCGACCUCGGCCGCGUGAAGCUCAGCGCGAACUGGAUGUGCGCGGCGUCGAAGGCGGGAGAGGGUGCUGCGCUGUACGCCGCCGUUCAUGCUGUCGGUAUGGAGCUCUGCCCUGCGUUGGGCGUGGGCAUCCCGGUCGGGAAGGACUCGAUGUCGAUGUCGAUGAAGUGGCGCCAGGGCGACGAGCAGCGCGAGGUCAGCUCCCCGCUCUCGCUGAUCGUCACAGCCUUUACUGGUGUCGAGGAUGUGGAGGCGACCUGGACACCUCAGCUGCGCACGGACACCAACGAGCCUACUGUCUUGGUCUUGUUUGAUCUCGCCGCGGGCAAGCAGAGGUUGGGUGGUUCAGCACUUGCGCAGGUCUUCAAGGAGAUUGGCUCUGAAGCUCCCGAUGUCGAGGACCCUGCGAUGCUCAAGGCGUUCCUCGUCGGAACUCAGAUCAUCAGGGAGAAGGCUCCUGGAGUCAUCUUGGCGUACCACGAUCGCUCUGACGGCGGCCUCUUCACCACUAUCGCCGAGAUGUCCUUCGCAGGCCGUGUAGGCGUAGAGUUUACUAUAGACGGCCUCUCAUCAAGUACGGAUCCUGUUGCAGCGCUCUUCAAUGAGGAGCUCGGCGCAGUGGUCCAAAUACGUGCAUCAGAUCACGACCGCCUUGUCGGCGUAUUCUCAGAAGCUGGCUUCCCUGCGAAGCAUAUCCGCCGGGUUGGGCAAGUCAAGAGCCUCGGUGACCAAAGCUUCACGAUCGUCCACAACGACGAAGCACUCUAUUCCAGCAGUCGCCCCGCACUCCAGCAAGCAUGGGCUGAGACGUCCUUCAGGAUGCAGUCGCUCCGUGACGAUCCCAAGGGCGCUACACAAGAGUACGACCUCAUCGCCGACACGCACACUGGCCUCUCCUACGAUCUCACUUUCACGCCGGAGCCGUCCAAACACCUCUCGCACCGCCCACGAGUCGCGAUCCUCCGCGAGCAAGGCGUCAACGGGCAGACCGAGAUGGCCUGGGCCUUCACCGCCGCAGGCUUCGAGGCCGUCGACGUGCACAUGUCCGACAUCCUCAGCGGGGCGACCUCCCUGCAGUCCUUCCGCGGCUUCGCCGCCUGUGGCGGAUUCUCGUACGGCGACGUCCUCGGCGCCGGCAAGGGCUGGGCGAACUCCGUGCUGCUGAACGCGGUCGCGCGCGUGGAGUUCGCGGCGUUCUUUUCGCGCGAGGACACGUUCGCGUUGGGCGUGUGCAACGGGUGCCAGUUCAUGAGUCACCUCCGCGAGAUCAUCCCCGGCGCGCAGGCGUGGCCCGACUUCAAGCAGAACCGCAGCGAGCGCUUUGAGGGACGCGUGUGCAUGGUCGAGGUCGUCCCUGGAGCCGUGACGAGCAAUUCGGUCUUCCUGAGUGACAUGGCUGGGUCGAAGCUGCCUGUUGCUGUUGCGCAUGGUGAGGGCCGUGUGUCGUUCCGGGCGCAGCAGGACCAAGAGACGAUGGUCUCUGGCGGACUAGUGGCCGUGCGCUACGUUGACGCGAAGGGCGACCCGACAGAGGUGUAUCCGCUCAACGCGAAUGGCAGCCCGCUUGGUAUCACCGGUGUCCAGACCCCGGACGGCAGAGUACUCGCGCUGAUGCCACAUCCCGAGCGAGUGGCCCAGCUGGUCAGCAACAGUUGGUACCCACCCGAUGUCAAAGACGCAUGGAAGGGCGUUGGGCCGUGGUUCAGGAUGUUCCAAACUGCACGGAAAUGGUGCGGAAACUGAGAAGAAAGUAAAGGUAGUAACAAUUGCGUAUGUAUACGUAGUCAUAGAAAAAAGGAACGAAUGUUGUAGCGUUACUCUGGGAAAAUGGCAAAUGGGCCUUGCGAUGAUUCA